CAAUUAACAGGCUACACUUGAUGUGAGAAGUCAUCCUUAUGAACUCACUUACAUAUUAAAUUUAAUUAAAUUUGUCAUGCUACUCACAGACCAUAGUCGUAAAAUUUUAAAUUUGUAUUUACUAUUUUAUAAUUUAUUUAUAAUGGCCAAAGUGCCAAACGGUUAUCACUUAUCGAUAUCAAACCAUAGAAUACUAGUAUUCUAUGAUCAAACCGCGCUCGGCUGCAGCUGAUAACCAUCCGUUUGACCGCAGUUUACCGAAGUUUUGGUCGUAACCGUCACAGCCACCGACGACGUUAUCAGACCACAGUCACUGUUAUUGUUCUGUGUUAUUAAAUAAUAAAUAGUGCCGUGGCUUACCAUAAUAUUAUUUUAUCAACGGAAUUCGAAUUACGGGCACUGUGCCAUGGCCCACAAUCAGGGCAUGCUGAUCAAAGACACGACGAGGGCACGUGCGACUCACAACUGCGACGUGCCUUAUAAGUUCAAAACUAUCCUUGUGACCAGUUCCGUCACGGUUGUCGUAGCAUUUUAGAUAAACCGAAGUCGGCCGACUGUCAUCUCAAUAUUGACAGCACAAUCAUCAGCGUCGUGUAUCACACAUACACACGUCUCGGCGCCUAAAACGUCGUUCACAGACAACCACCGUUCGAUCACGUGCAAAUACGCACAGCAUUGUAAGAUGUACGCAGCGUACACGACCAGUUGACCGCCGUAUGCUUAACCGCGAACACGCGACCAACGCACGACGAUAUACCCACCCGGUGACCGGGUGCACAGCGAUAACGUUAUCGGUUAUCACAAUUAUUCUGCGCGUAUCUAUCUUGUAUGCGUUUAACGAUAGUCGUCGGUGUUAUUCGAACGAACGGCGGGAGGCUGUCACUACUGUUCCAUCUGUGCGCGCUUUAAUCGUUUGCUUGCGGUGGUCGGCGGUCUCGCGACCACUACGACACGGUCACCAGACCUACCAAGAUCGUCUGUCGCGUGCCGUCGCCGAAACGGUGUAAUCUGUCCGCCAAGAAAAAAACGCGACCGAAUAUGGCGGCGGCCGUCACUAGUAGUGCUAAUACGGUUACAACUGCUGAGAGUACUGCUGAAGAAUUCCUGUCACCGCACAAGCCGGUGGACACGAUGACGACAACGUCGCCACUAGUCGGACUUGUCAGCGGAUGCGCCGGCGCAGUGGCUCUCGUAUACGUGGGACAGCCGCUGGACACGGUCAAGGUACGCAUGCAAUUGUCCACUGCCACUCGGGCUGUGACGUCUAAUGGCGGUGGUGGCGGUGGCGUAUCCAUGUGGGGUUGCGUGCGCGACAUGUGGCGUCAGGCACUGGUGACUCCGGCGCCACAUAUUCGGCAACUGACGAACAACGCCACCGGAGCCGUCGUCGAGGCGUGCCCGUUAACAGCCACCGGUCAGCAGGCCAGCAAGGCGGCCGCGGCCGGACGUAUGGCUAGGCUCAUGUACGCCGGCACGGCGCCCGCGCUACUGGCCAACGUAGCCGAAAACGGAGUACUGUUUGCGGCAUAUGGUCCUUGCCAGCGGUUGGUGGCAUUCGCGUUGGAUCUGUUUGGCGGGGCCAAUGCCAGCAAUGCCGUCGUGGACGUGGAAAAAAAACUCGGCCCGGCUGGCAUGGCUACGGCUGGUAGCUUGGCGUCGCUGUGCUCGGCAUUCGCGCUAUGCCCUACCGAGCUGAUAAAGGUCCGUCUGCAGGCGGCCGAUCUGGACAGGGCCAACUGCGCUGCUGUUUCUGGUACGGCGGCUGGACGUCCUCAAAACGCUGCAGCCAGCACGCUGCAGGUAGUUGCCCGGGUGUGGACCACCGAGGGUGGUCUACGAGGGAUGUACCGGGGACUGGGCUCGACAGUGGCACGCGAAAUGCCUGGAUACUACGUGUUCUUCCUGGCGUACGAGGCGAGCCGUACUUACAUGAACGAUUGGCAUCACGGAUCUUUGGCUACCUCUACGGCACCGUCGGUAGAACACCAAGAGGACCCGGCUUGGGUGACGAUGACAGCAGGCGCAGCGGCAGGUACUUGCCUCUGGCUAGUCGUGUAUCCGGUGGAUGCGAUCAAAUCUCGAAUUCAAGCAGCUGGUGGAGGCGGAAGUACAGCUGAAAGUUCAAGUGGUGGUUUCCUGAGGGCUAUGGCUCUAUCCGUGCGCAACGAAGGCCCACUGGCCCUGUAUCGCGGCCUGGCACCCACCUUGCUGCGCACUGUUCCUGCAUCGGCUGUCAUGUUCUGGACUGUGGAGCGUACCAAGACAUUGAUGUCGGGAUACGGGCUAUGAGAUUUUUGUUUCAUGUAUUCUUAAUUGGUUGAUUACGAUAUGGUAUGGAUAGCCUAUAUGUCGUUAGAUCAAUAUUAUGUAUUUUCAAGUAUGCAUGUUUGUCGAUGCUGGCAUAAUAUCCAGGAGACAACUCAGAUUUGGUAUUAUGUUUGAAGCGGGCUUUAAAUUUUAACAACAAACAAAAGUAGAAAUCUGGUAGGUUCAUAAUAAAAUUAAAUUUCAUUCUUAAAUUUGUGAUUUCUAUCACUAGUUUUUAAAACGAAAAAACCCCAUUGAAUUGUUGUUAAUUUAUUAAUUACAUGCGCUUGGUACUACUAGUAAAUUAUACUUACUAGUAGAGUACGGAUUUUGAAACAAUAAAAACUAAAGAAAAGCACUUAAAUAAAGCUAUAGAGCUUAACAAAUAUUCCAAAAAAGCAUCCAGUUAAACCAUUAGUUUUUUAAAUUAUUAAAAAAAAAAUAUUUUAAUGAAAUAAGAUUUCUAUUUAUAACAAAAAACUAAAUAAAAGCACUUAAAAUAAAGCAACAAAGCUCUACAAAUCCUAAAAAAAUUACACACAACGGAAGGUUGUCGAGAAAUUACAGAACAGAUACUUACUUUUAUCAAUUAAUCAAUAAAUUAAAUCAAACAUAACAAGAUUGAAGCCAUUUCCUUGGAACACAUUAUAUCAUACAAAAAUAAUUAUUAACCUUUCUUUCAAAUAUGAUUUAUAAUAAUUUAAAACACAUUUUGAAAAAAAUUUUGCUUAAAAACAAACUAUCUAAAAACCUAGAAAAAGUAUUAUAAGGUAGUAUUUAUAAAUCAAAUCUAUAGCUGACAUAGCAUUGUUUCAGAGCAAUAGAAAAAAAAAAGGAGAUACCUUCAAAACCGUAAUCUACUUAUUAGAAUUAAAUACAAUUUCUCAAUCAUCUAUCUCUAUGUGUAUAAUAUAUUUUAAGAUGCCCCAACAGUCAUCAGUAGUUACCAAUAAUUGAAUUGAGCCAAUCAUUUAUGGUUAAAAUCUCAUAGGUUGAUAGUCCUUUUAGUAGUUUUAGCAAUAUAAUAGGUACAUUAUAUUUAUUUAUGUUUGUUUUUUAAUAACUUUUUUACAAUAAACAAGUGAAGAUUUUUCAUUUUCAAUAUGAAAAAAUGACCACGGGAUAUAAGAUACAUAGGCAAAUCUAAUAACAUUAAUAAAGGUACCUACAGUUCUUUUAUUUUCAAAAAAAUAACGUUGACCUAAAAGUUGUUACUGAUAAAAUAUAACAUAAUGUUUUGAAAAAAUGUAUUUACGGGCUGUUAUAUAAUAAACUAAUUUGUAUUAUUAUUUACAGCCAAGUACCUAUCAAUAAUUGCAAUUAAAUAUAAAUUAUUAUUUUCAAAAUUGCCUAUACAAAUCCCCUUAAAAUUGUACUAUUGCAUUGUAUUAUGUGUAGUAUAAUAUAGGUAAUAUAAUAAUAUAUAAAUCAUAAACAUGUCUUCCAUGUAAUGUGUGUCUUCCAUGUAUUGCUCAGUUAUUGUUAUUGUUGUUUGUCAUUUUAGUUAAUAUUGUUACUAUUACUAUUUUGUGUAUAUUUUUAUUAUUUUUUUCUAAGUCCAUAAGUAAUAGUUGUAAAUUUCCUGUUAUAUUUAUGUUACUUGUAUCCAUACGGUGACAUUGUCGUUACCAUCACUCAUGAGUUGUGUAAAUUAUAGGUUUUUUAUAUGGAAGAUCUUGUCUGGCUCGAUCAACGCCUAGCCUUGACAAUUGUUAAAUAUUCUUAGUUAUUUAUUUAUAUGGAAUAUUAUUACUUAGCUAUUGUAUGUAUGUUAAUACGUAAUGUAAUAGAGUUUGUAGACUGCCUUA